CUCUGAGCGAUAGUUACGGACAAUGGUCUGCAGCUCCCUCCCUUUUCUCCCCCUCCGCCCUCCUUCCCUUCAGUCCUCCUCUGUCUCGCUCACCCAGUCUCCCUAUAUCUGACUCAGUAUUCCCGCGCCCUUCGAGUGGAGAGGACGUUAGAGAUGAGUGACUCAGGCAGUGCCCCGUGGUGGGUGGUGGUGACGGGCGCCUCGCAGGGCUUCGGGGCGGCGAUCUGCACCGAGCUGGCCCCGCUGCUGCCACCGGGCUCAAGGAUGUUGGGCCUGGCGCGCUCCCAGCAGGGCCUGGCCACCACGGCAGCCGCGGUCACCAAGGCCAAUCCCGCUGUCACGUUCAGCCCUGUAGUGAUGGAUCUUGCAACAGCCAAAGCCGUGGACUAUGAGGCAGCCUUGGAAGACAACCUUGGGACCAGCCAGUCUUCCCCACCAGGCCAGGCCCUCCUUUUUCAGAACGCUGGCUCCCUCGGCAGCCUUAAGUACCUCAGGGAAAUGGAUGAUGCAGCACACCUUUCUGCCUACUUCAAUCUUAAUAUUAGCUCGGUGAUCCUGCUCAAUGCUGCCUUCAUGAGACUCAUCUCAGCAGUGUCUGGCAAAGUGAAAGUCAAGAUCAUCAACAUCUCCUCCAUCUGUGCCCUGGAGCCCUUCAAGAGCUGGGGCCUCUACUGCACCAGUAAGGCUGGCAGGGAUAUGCUCUUCAGGGUGCUGGCUGCCGAAGAUCCAGGUGUCAGGGUCCUUAACUACUCUCCAGGGCCUCUGGACACUGGCAUGCAGGUUCAUGCACGGACAGAGACACAAGAUGACGACAUCCGCAAGGCUUUUACUUCCAUGAAGGAGGAGGGUAAGCUGCUCAGUUGCCAAACAUCUGUCAGGAAGUUGCUGCAAGUCCUGGAGAAGGAUGAAUUCAAGUCUGGCGGUCACGUUGAUUUCUUUGAGGUCUGACAGCACAAAGAGUGAAUGGUACUUGGUUUCUGCUGCCAACGAUGGUCCUUGUGUAACUGUUAUUGUAGUACUCUAGUUUGCUUUGAAACAACAAUACUUCAACAUUCUCUUUCCUCUUGAUAUUUAUUACAUUGUACAGUAACCAUUACAUCCACAUCAGUCUUCUGUUACUCUUAGAACCUGCAUUUGAAAAUCUUAUCCUUAUGGAAAUUAAGAAAGUAUAAUUUACUUAAUUGACUUUAAUACAUGUUCAGUUACACUCAGUAAUUAUUAGAUGCUCCAUCAUUUCAACAGAUGCCAAACAGAGCCUCAACAAAUUAGGGUUAUAUGAUAGAGUAAAUGCACAUAUAGUAAGUAUUAUGUACAGUAUUUAAUAUAACAACAUUCUUAAUUCAGUGGAUGAAAUGAAUUCACCACUUUGUAUUACAGAGGCUUCCAUCAAACUUAGCCUUCAUUGCUUCUCAGAAUGUUGCCAGUUCAGAAAGUUGUACCCCAUUAAUACUAAUAUUUCACAAGUUAGUGGUGAACCAGUGUGUGUGGUGACUGUGGUGGUGUGGACCAGUGUUCAGUGUUUGUGGUGAUACUACAGGCUUUCAUUACACUUAAUUCAGAAGAGCAGUGAAAGACAUGCAUAUCACUGGAUAAAUGGCAACAUAAUUUUAUAGUGAAGAAAGAAUAUACAAACAAGAGAAUAGCUGCAUAUAUACAGAGAUGUAAGUGCCAAGGAUACCUUAGCAAAUUAAAUUGUAAAAGAAGCAUUAAGAUACAAAUGAUAUAACAAGCAAAUUAAAUUGUAAAAGAAGCAUUAAGAUACAAAUGAUAUAACAGGCAUUGUAUCACAUUCAGUUUAAAGAUCAUUGUUCAAAUAUACAAGUCAUUGCAUUGCAAUAUAAAAAUAAUGACUUCUAUAUGAAAGCAGACAUGUCUUGGGUAAUUAAGCACCAUUACUAUGACAGUAACAACUCCACUGCAUUCAAGUUUUUACUGCUACUCCACUCUGUCUUUCUGCAGAGGGAGUGUCGAAAGAUUUUUGUUACAUCAUAUUUAAUAAAGUCACUUGUACAAUAAAUAAUGCAGUGAGCUAAGGUGUGUGUGUGUGUGUGUGUGUGUGUGUGUGUGUGUGUGUGUGUGUGUGUGUGUGUGUGUGUGUGUGUGUGUGUGUGUGUGUGUGUGUG